CCGCGCGCCACAACGACCGUCGGAUCUAGCCGUUGAGUUUUUCCACUUGUUACCGUAUCGCACCCACGUCCAUACUGUACUCUUCUCCUCUACCCCACCGUUUGAUUUUUUUCCUUUCCAUUUGUUUCGUUCGCUACUUUGGACUGUGAACGUGCGUCCUAUUUGUCUGCACAAGUUCGAUCAUACAACCCGCGUUCUCGUCAAAUUCUCGAGUCUCCAGGAUUGUGAUCUGUGAUCCAGUGCUUGCGGCCGUCGACUGAUCCUGAUCUAGUGUUCUGAGAAAUGAAUGCGUUGGUUACAGUGUGAAAUCAAAUGUUGUUACCAACGAAACGCGACAUAACUAACGGAGAAAUGUAACGAGAAUGAAAAUAUUCAUCAACAUAGUAUUUUGUGAGUGAAGGAAAAAUCGAAAAGUGAGCCAUCUAUUUUCACGUAUGUUCCUUGAGGGAAAAAAUUGUUCCCUUGGUUUUUUGGUUCAAAUGUGACGUCUUGGUUCGCCCCUACGUGUUUUCCGUGGAUAAGCUGAUAAAGCAUUUACAUCCAACCUCAACAGCAUCUGUUUACGUGACCAGUGUAACUAGUUGACUUAACCCAAGCUCGUGAACAAGUUCUCGUUUUCACGGAACGUUCUCUAUGGAUCGUCUAGUAAUCGCAACGGAGAAUUUUCAAAGGAUGUUGCAGAUUCUACAUUACUACUGAAGCUUCGAGGGAACACGCGCUGUAACCUGGAUUAGGUGCACUUGGAAACUCUGGUGCACCAUAUUUUUGUCGAAUUUUCAUUUCAUUGAGUAUUCACAUUGCCCUCUCGUGUGAAAAAGACGCGUUCGUCCGUGAACGAUCAGCCGUGAAUCGAAAGCCUGGAUUAAUUCGCGGCUGAAUGGGAUCGCCGGUGCAUCGACCUCUCGUCGAGUAUAAUACCUGUUGUCCGAAUUUUACUAUUUUUUUUUCACUCAUCUUUUUUUCUUUGCUCUUUACCUGGCUCUUUCACGAGAAGCUCAAGUGAAAAGUGAAUGACGUUCAGCUUUCGUCGACCGUCCUCGAUCUUGGGAUAAUAAUGUUCGGCGGCAGACGGUCGGUUGCUUUGUUCGGCGCGAUGAUUCGCCUGUUUCCUGUUUGAUGAAUCUCUACAGACUUCAAAGCAGGCCAGCGUAAGAAAGGGACGGUUCUGAAGCCCCAUAAUAGAAUUCAAUGUAAGAAAGAAGAAAAAACGUGGGAUCGACAAGGUCUGGUUGUUCGGAUAAAAGAAAUCCCGGACACUUAUCGAACCUUCCCGUCCAGUAACUUCGACGUGGAGCUAAAGCUUCUUGGAAACGGUUUGCAGCGUUCAGUGAAACCGCGUUAUCAUCGAGGAUCAAGAUCCAACUCUGUGUCCCCGAAAGGAGCCGAUUCAGCCGUGCGUAGCAAGUGAAACGAACACGCUGGCCGGAAGUGCCGCCUCAAUGGGAGCGGGUCCUCGUUCCGGGGGACCGCAUUCGGAAAGACGUCAGCCUCGCGCAGCUCGAUGGGUCACAGAGAAUCGCGGCGAGAAAACAGACGCAGAAGUUGAAACGGCUGGGAGACACGAACGGUGUUGGGCAGCCCAGCUCGUUGCAACUUGCUCCGCAGCGAUAGGGCAAAUGGGAAAGUUGGUGAGCGGAGCAACGACGAUACCUCUCUCGGCUUGCUUGCUAAAAACUUUCACGAGAGUGUUCCAUAGCCAGCGCGGAUCACGAACGAAUCUUUUCUACUUUUCUAAGUGCGUCGUUCAUCGGGACCAACAGUAACUGGCAGUGUGUCCAUAAGCUGGCUUCAUUAGCCGUAAUCAUUUACCAGGGAACGACAAAGUUGCCCGUGCAGUUUCACUGACUACACUGAUGGAGGUUUCAUUGACCAUUAAUGUUAUUCACGACGUAUCACACGGAUACGUCGCCCUCGACUGGCCUAAUAAUUUCUUUGCUACGUCGUUGGAAUGUUAACGAACGCGGUGUGAUCGUGCGAAAUUAAAACAUACGAGAAACAUUCUGAAGAAAUCUGGAUAUUCCUGAAGUCGUCGAUCGUCACGUUCCCAACAAUCGUGCCUUCCAUUUUGUCAUGUAGCCUCGAGAAUGUUGAAUCAGUGUAUGGAAACGAGUGUCUAAAAAAUUCUAUGGACUUUUUUUUGUUCGUCCUAUCGGCGUAAAGCGCAACUGCAGCAACGGCGCGUUCCUUGAUAGUUCGUAAUCCGCAGUUCGCACGUUCCGAACUUGCCGCCAAAAUCCUAAUCCUGACGAAUGUCGCGCGUUCGCGCUGUCAGUGAAAGAUGUGGAAAGCAGCCGAAGGAUUCGGCACACGGGAUUUCCGAUUUGAACGAAUUCGUGGAAUGAGCGUAUUCGCACUUGCUGAAGCGACCGGUUAGGAAUCGAAUCGAUGAAGCACAUCAGCCAGCUUGUUGAAAUGGAGGUGAAGUAAGAUUACUUCGAUACUUUGGUAAUCCAAAGAAGAAUGGAGGUAGAUCGACGAAGAAUUUACGGCGGAUAGGUUCCAUUAACGGUGAGACAAAUCUCGAUGCGAGCGCGACUGUGACGAACUAAAAAUUGGAAUCGAAAGAUUGGUUGUACAGGCGGAGGAAUUCAUGCCUGAAGAAGGAGCCAGCGGGAAGGUUCCUUUCGAAAAGGAACGAAGUAAGAAACAUAAAUUCUGGUAAUAUUGUUAUCCAAAUUCACAAGAAAUGACGUGAAAAGCGUAAUGUCAAUGAUGUAAAAAAUAUUUCAAAUUCGAGAACAUAUACAAACAAAAUCUUUAUUAAACAUAAAUCCACAAAGUAUAAUCGAGGGAACAAAAUAGCUAAAAAGAAAAUCAAACUGCCUAGCUAAAAUUUUCCAAACUUAAUUAAAUUCUCUGAACAACUAUUGCUUUAAAAAAAACCUUGCGUGUCUUUAAAACGAACUUCCAAACAAAAAUCCGAAUUUACCUAGAAAAAAAGAGAAAAAAGAAAAGAAAAGACAAUUAAAAGUCUAAACAGGGUAAAAACCACGUUACGUAUCUAGAGAAGCAACAAUCAUUCCAGCGAUCAGGCUGUGUAGUCGCGGUUAGGAAAGAAAAGGGGACGUCGUUAGCAAAGAUUUCAGUGCUAUGCAUCGCGUUGGCUACUGGAGCCUCGAUGACCUUGACUCAGCGAGCAUGAAGCACCCAUCGAGGUCAUCGCGACUUGAGAUUGCUAUGGCACUGUUCGGCAUGGUCUGGCUGUUGCGUGUCCGCUCGGAGAUGCGUCGUUGCUCGAAAUGUCGGCACGAAGAAAUCCUGGCGGCCCAGCAACAACAACAACAACAACAACAACAACAACAACAGCAACAGAUGCAGCAGCAACAGCAACACCAUCAUCUCCAUCAUCAUUCCCAUCACCAGCAACGCACACUGUCGCAGACUACCAGUCUACUGCAGACCCCCGACGAUGCGGUCAGCUCGUCGGCAAAUACACUGUUCACUUUGGACACGCCUGGCGCCGUCGGUUCCGCCGGAAGUUACUGCGAGGUGCACGGAUUCGUGCAAGCGAAAGAAGAUAUCCAGGAGUUUUACGAGCUGACGCUGCUCGACGAGUCAAAAUCGGUGCAGCAGAAAACGGCGGAGACGAUCCGCAUCGCCGACAAAUGGGAAGCCAGUGAUGGGCCAAUUACGCCGACCUUCGCUCAAAACGACGGUGGCCCAGACUUCCCGGUGAACCAGACUCUGUCGAACAUUUAUGGCCGCACGUCGGCCAGUCCAGAGGCUCCAGUCUACGUAGACGAAACUCAGAAGACCCGUUACACUGGUGGAGGAGUGGACGAGCAGCUGCCACCACCGCCUUCGCCACCCCAGCUGAAAGAGGCAGGACAACUAGACGGAGUUCCUAGACCGAAUUCGGUCGAUCGUAUCCUACAUCCUGAUGGUAGCCAGCACAUCCUAACUAGCCACGAGGCCCUGAACAAGAGUCACGACAGCUGGCAAGGACACGACGGGGACCAGGCACACACGCCCCUUCUUGCGGCUGACACGAGACAUGUCAACGGAGACGAUGACUGGGAGUACGAGGAGAUUGUACUCGAAAGGGGUGGUGCUGGACUUGGCUUCAGCAUUGCCGGGGGCACAGACAAUCCACACUUCGGCAACGACACUGCCAUUUACAUCACGAAACUUAUACCGGGCGGUGCCGCGUCCGGAGACGGUCGUCUACGCGUCAACGACACGAUACUCCAGGUGAACGACGUUUCCGUUGUUGACGUACAACACGCGGCAGCCGUCGAUGCGCUCAAACGAGCAGGAAAUACCGUUAAACUAUACGUACGUCGACGGAGGCACACGCAGCUGAUCGAAAUCGAGCUAAUUAAGGGUAGCAAGGGCCUCGGUUUCAGUAUCGCUGGAGGUAUUGGCAAUCAGCAUAUACCUGGUGACAAUGGAAUCUACGUAACGAAAAUUAUGGAGGGCGGCGCCGCGCAAGUAGAGGGCCGUCUUGUCGUUGGAGACAAAUUGGUAGCCGUCAGAAAUGCCCUGCAGGGCGACAAGAACCUCGAAAAUGUGACGCACGAGGAAGCGGUGGCGACACUGAAGGCAAUCCAGGAUCGCGUGGUUCUUCUGGUGGCGAAACCGGAAACCGGAAUCGUGCCCCCGCCACCACCCCCCAUGGCCUCGGACAAUUCGCUCUCACCGCAACCACGAAAACAAAAUGGUUCUGUGUCGGCGCUGGAGAACAACUCGACGCUGCCGUAUUCGCAAGAAUCACGUCACGCGUCUUCUCUCGCUCUUCACGGUGCGGCCACGCCACGAGCUGUUUCUCAGGAGGACGUAUCACGAGAGGUACGUACAGUCGUGCUCAACAAAGGUUCCUCCGGCCUGGGUUUCAAUAUUGUCGGUGGCGAAGAUGGCGAGGGAAUUUUUAUUUCCUUCAUCCUAGCCGGAGGUCCCGCCGACCUCAGCGGUGAACUACGUCGCGGCGAUCAGAUACUCAGUGUCAAUGGCAUUAAUCUUCGAACAGCCACCCAUGAAGAGGCCGCCGCGGCCCUUAAGGGUACCGGGCAGACAGUGACGAUCGUGGUGCAGUAUAAGCCCGAAGAUUACAACAGAUUCGAGGCUAAGAUCCAUGAUCUUAAACAACAGAUCUCUCAGCAGAAUUUGAUGACAGGCACCCUCAUGAGGACCUCGCAAAAGAAAUCGCUUUACGUUAGAGCGUUGUUCGACUACGAUCCUAACAAGGACGACGGCCUGCCGAGCCGCGGUUUGGCAUUCCGUUACGGUGAAAUCCUACACGUGACGAAUGCCAGCGACGAUGAAUGGUGGCAAGCCAGAAGAGUGACUCCUCAGGGCGAAGAGGAGGGUCUCGGCAUAAUACCGUCACGCAGACGAUGGGAACGGAAGCAACGCGCCAGGGAUCGUUCCGUCAAAUUCCAAGGCCACAUGCCGGUCAUCCUCGACAAGCAAUCAACACUGGAUAGAAAGAAGAAGAACUUCUCAUUCAGUAGGAAGUUCCCGUUCAUGAAGAGUAAGGACGACAAAUCUGAAGAUGGUUCAGAUCAGGAACGGUCGCCCACGACACCCGAGAACGAAAACGAUCCUACACCAUUCAUGCUGUGCUACACCCAGGACGACACUAACACCGAAGGGAGUAGAGAAAUUUUGUAUCGUGUCGAACUGCCUUAUAUGGAGGAACUGACGUUAGUUUAUCUGGAACAGGAGGACGAUAAGAAUAAUGACGAGUGUAGCAGCGAAGAAAACGUGCUGUCGUACGAGGCAGUCCAGCAGCUCACCAUACAGUACACCCGACCUGUCAUUAUCCUCGGUCCUCUCAAGGAUCGCAUCAAUGACGACCUCAUCUCGGAAUUCCCGGACAAAUUCGGCAGCUGUGUGCCACAUACAACGAGGAGUAGAAGAGAGUACGAGGUGGACGGGCGUGAUUAUCAUUUCGUCGCAUCUAGGGAACAGAUGGAGAGGGAUAUUCAGAAUCACUUGUUCAUUGAGGCCGGACAGUACAAUGAUAAUCUAUAUGGCACGUCCGUGGCGUCCGUGCGAGAAGUUGCUGAGAAGGGGAAACACUGUAUUCUUGACGUGAGCGGAAAUGCCAUCAAGAGGUUACAAGUGGCGCAGCUGUAUCCCAUCGCCAUUUUCAUUAAACCGAAGUCCGUGGAAUCAGUUAUGGAAAUGAACAAGAGGAUGACUGAAGAGCAAGCGAAAAAAACGUACGAACGAGCACUGAAAAUGGAGCAAGAGUUUGGAGAAUACUUUACUGCCGUGGUGCAAGGUGACACGCCCGAAGAGAUCUACGUGAAGGUAAAGGAGGUAAUCGCCGAGCAAUCAGGUCCGAACAUUUGGGUACCGUGCAGAGAUCAGCAACUGUGACGUCCUGCCCCCCACGCUCAGCCCGGUCCGAACGCUUGGACUCUACCUCCGAGGCGUCAAGCUUAAUUACUCUUAAUAAAAUAAUCGAGUAACUCUCUAAUGCCUUCCCCGUCCCUGUCCCAAAACCCGUUCCACCUCACUUCAACCCACCUUCCACACACACACACCCGCCCAAUCAAGUAGCACAAUGUUCCAGUUAAGGCGUUAGCCGCGCACCAAGCUCGUCGAAAAAAGAAGACUUCGCAUCAAAUAAAGCUGACAGUAUGUGAAGGUUUAGAGGAGUAGAACGUUCAUGGGAGGAGAUUAGGUUAAGAGAAUAGGCAGAGGAUAAUAGUAAUUGAGCAUGCUUCGAAACGUGUUCGAAGUCUCCAUCGCGAGAACUUGUAACUCGCGAUCGUUCACGCCGCGAGAAAGGUUUCAUUGUUGAUUAUAUAAGGAUAAAACAGUAAAUGGCGUGUUCCAGCUGUAAUUGUUAUCCGUUUCGACGAGAGAUCUGAUCGCAGAAUAUUUAAGGCGUUUUAAGGAUCCUUCCACCGAGAGAUUGUUAGGAGGAAGGAUACAUGUUAUAAUGUUAAUACCAGAAGUGUUUCGUUGUAUUACGAUGUUUUCUCAUGAUUUCCACUUGACGAGUGGGUUUGUUGAGCAAGAUUACGAGCAUCGUCGCGUACUUGUCAUCACGUUAAAUUUUUAUCACUGUGUUAAGACGUCAAGCACGAAUACACGGCAGUUUGAUCGUUUACAGGAAUCAACCUCCUUGUCGCAACAAAGAAUGUAAAGUUACUUCGUAAUUUGCAACGUAAGAGAAAAGCACGGAGGACUGCAUCGUGUAUUCGUUUCGGUAUCGAUUUUAACGCGUGUGCAUGACGACUCGACCGGCGCAACGGAGCCGAUUCGUCGAGAAGACGUGUGUUUUACCGAAAGACUAGCGUCGCGGUUCUUCGAUUGAUCGAAUCGCGACGUGUUCUGUGUGUGUUAUGUUGUAUGUAUACAGUUCACGCAAUUGCUUGAAAAUACGACGAGAAUAGCGAGUAAUAAACGAAUGAUCGGCAUUUGGCCGAAGUUGAACGAGAAAGAGGUGAACCGAGAGGAUACGAGCGAGAAAACAAAAAAAUAAUAAAAGAUAAUAGAUGUUUAAGAUAGAUUUUCGUCGCGAUUAUUUGUAUGACGCGCACAGCACGUUAGACGCUUAAACAAAGAAUUUUUCACGCGCAAAUCGCGACGAUUACGGCGAUGAAAGCGUAACAAUGAAGAAAGAAAACGAGACAAGGUACGAGAAUAUACUGAAAAAUAAAGUAAAUGAAAAAAAGAA